GUUAGAUAUCCCAUCUCUCCCGCUUCAUAUCCCAUUGCAUCCUCCGUUCCGCAUCGCUCUUGUGUCAUUUAUCGGGCUGUUGAGCAGCCUGCUCUCUCAGAUCUCUCUAAUCUUCUCCAUCUUCACUUAAUCUUUCUUCCCAUCGCACGCACGCUUUGCCACCCGCCAUGUCGCAUACCCCCGUCCCCGAGCCCACCGAGGGCCGCGAGCACCGCGUCCUGGUCCUCGGCACGGGCGGGACCAUCGCGUCGGAGCGCACAGCCGAGGGCUUCAAGCCACUGAACGAGAAGAAGGCGCGCGACGCGUUCUACCGCCGUAUCGCGCGACACCCGCAGCUGAGCGACGCCGACGCCUGCGGCGACUUUGACAAUAUCCCAGCGACCAAAGUGGGCCGAAACACUCGGUAUCCGCCAUUGCGGACGCCGGCGCUCGACGAGCACGGAAACACGGUUGUGUACGAGAUUCUUGACCUUGAGAAUCACAUGGACAGUAGCGAGAUGACGCCCAAGGACUGGAAUAUCAUCGCCGCGCUCCUGCACGAGAACUGGGAUAACUACGAGGGCUUCGUUGUGCUCUCGGGCACCGACACGCUCGCGUACACGUCUAGUGUCCUUACCUUCCUUUUCGUGGACGCCGGCAAGCCCAUUACCGUGACGGGCGCCCAGAUCCCGCUGCGAGAGGCGCGCAGCGACGGCUGGUACAACCUCCUCGAGAGUCUUAUCGUUUCUGGAUGCCUGCCAUACGCCGGCGUCGGCGUCUGCUUCAACCACGAGGUGCUGCAAGGCUGUCGCGCCACCAAGUCGUCCCCAAACCUCCUGCACGCAUUUGAGACGCCCUCGGUUGCCCCUUGGAUCCGGCUCAACGUCCGCAUCACUGCUCUGCCCAAUCUUACGCGCAGGAGUGCUGCUCCUCCCCCUCCGCUGAUAACGCUGCAGGAGGCGCCGAGCGUACUCUCUUGUGCCAUCUACCCGGGGAUUACAGGCAGCAUCCUCGCCACCCAAAUUCACAGCAUGCCGACCUGUAAGGCCGUCAUCAUUUCGGCCUUCGGCAGCGGUAAUCUUCCUGUAAAGGAGGAGAGCGGGGUGUUACAGGCCCUGGAGGCGACAGUCAAGCGCGAAAUUCUCGUGGUCGUCGUAUCGAGCUGUCACAUUCCUAACAUUUACCCAUUGUACGCACUCGGUGUGCGACUGCUCAGCAUCGGCGUGCUUCCUGGCUUUGACAUGACCCACGAGGCAGCCUUUGCGAAGCUGUCGUGGCUAGUCUCACGCUCCGACUUGAGCUUUGAGGACAGACAGCGCGAGUUCCAGACGCCCAUUGCUGGCGAGAUCACGGCGUAGGAGACAACAAUUCUGUGAGCUACCUGGUUGACUCAUCUGGAUAGACAUUGUACUCUUCUUGGUCCGGGCAAGGGGCACCUUGACCCGCAGCAUAAUGCAACUCGUACAUAAC